UCAAACCGAGGUGGUUCUAAGCAUCUUUGCACCUUGCCUACGUAGGUUAAACUUUUACACCUUUAAAUGUAGAGGACUGGUCGAUUCCAUCUGGCCUUCGUUAGUCGUACCUCGAAUAAAUGGAGAACAAGAAUGACCGUCUUUCUGUUUCGGUACUGCUGUCCGAUUUUUUUGGACACACCUCAAUGCAUGGAGCUGAAAGAAUUAUAAACUCUCGCGAAUGGAUCAGAAAAGUCUUGUGGAUAAUUUUGAUGCUGGGUGCGUUAGGUGUUUCAUCAUGGCAGAUACACCAGCUGUACAGUCUUUACCAGAAGCGACCGCUUGCAACUCAUAUUGACAUCGAGCGCGACUCGGAUUUGACGUUCCCUGCCAUAACAGUUUGCGACAUGAACUCUUUGAGACUCGAUCCAGUAAAAGACUGGGAAUCUACUGCCGCCAAAGCACUUAGAAGAGAGAUGAAAGGAACAGAUUGGUUGAACUCAGAACCUGAAGAGGAACAUAACGAGGAUGAUGAAGAUGGCGAAACAGAACCUGAAGAAAAAUAUAACGAGGAAGAUGAAGAUGGCGAAAAAUCAAAACCUGAAGAGGAAGAUGACGAGGAAGAGGAUGCAAAAUUUAUAAGGAUAGAAAAACUUAUGACCAAAAUAGCCAAAACAAAUAUUCAUCAUGAUCUCGCAGAGUUAGGCCAUCAGUUUGAAGACUUUAUGAUUUAUUGCUCCUUUCGUGGAAUCAACUGUGUGAAUCAUACCAGAAGAUACUGGAAUCGUUUUUGGCAUUAUGCAUACGGGAAUUGCUACAUUUUCAAUGGAGGAUACAAUGAUCAAGGAGAGAGAACCAUAUUGUUUAAUUCAAGCGAAACGGGCCCAUUUUUCGGGCUUAGUCUUGAGCUAAACAUCGAGCAAGGUCAGUACAUUGGAUCCCUAACACAAGAGGCAGGAGUGCGAAUUGACAUCUCAGAUCAAGGGGAAAUGCCAUUUCCCCUCGAGAAGGGACUGAGUCUUGCACCAGGAUAUGCCACAUCUAUUGGAAUGAGGAAGGUUGUUAUUAAACGAUCGGAUCCUUUUUGGAACAACUCCUGUAUGAACGACUCUCCCCCUGACAGCAUAAACCUUUACAGAGAUACAAUGGAAGUGGGCUAUUCAACCACUGCAUGCAAAAAGACCUGCUGGGCACGAAAGCAACAAGAAAAGUGCGGAUGCGUUGAAUACAAAUUUCCAAGGCCGAAUUCUACACGUUUCUGUGAAACUUCCAAUAAAACAGAUAAAGCAUGUGUCAGAAGAGUGAUAGACUACUUUAGCAGAGGACAUCUGGAUUGUUCCCGGUCAUGUCCUCCACCUUGCAAGGAGAGCACAUUCAAACUUACUACAUCUUACUCGUUGUGGCCAACCAACAGUUCGCAGCUGUCCUAUCAAAAAAAAUUGAAGGCAACAAGCAAGGAGGUAGACGGAGGACCCAGUGACUUCAGGCAUAACAUUCUCAAAGUAAAUGUAUUUUUUGAAGAACUGAAUUACGAAGUGAUUUCGGAGGAUCCUGCGUAUGAGCUGCCAAGUUUUAUGUCAGACCUUGGAGGAUCGCUUGGUCUUUGGAUAGGAAUGUCCGUGUUGACCUUUGCAGAGAUCUUGGAACUGAUUUUACUUAUAUGUUAUUCUCUGGCUCGAAAGCUGAAAAAGGGAAUGGAUACCAGGUCAACAUCUGUCGCUGUUGAAAAGUUCCAACCAGAGUAAUACUACCUACUAG